AUGGAAAUAGACGAAGAAGAUGGGACAGAACUUAUGGAGGUGGAUGAAGAGGAUUAUUCAGAACCGAUGGAGGUGGACGACAAUGUUACUUACGAAGAGAUGGACGAAACUAUUAAAAUAGACGAUAGGAUGGUAGAAUUCGUGAAUUUGGAUGAUAUUGAUGAGACGGAGAAGAAUAGUGAUGACGAUGAAACAGACGAAGACGAUGAAACAGACGAGGACUAUGAAACAGGCGAGGACGAUGAACUUGAUGAAAAUGAUGACAAGCCAAUUUACACAGACAGCGGAUCGGAAGGAUCAUUAGAUAUGGAUUUGGAUGACGGAACGAAUUAA